AAGAAAAAAGUCCAUUUGUCUUGGGGGUGUUUUAUAUUAAUAGACCUAAUGGACCCAAAGCCCCCUCCAAUGGGACACAGGAUGCAACACCCACCCCAAGUGCAUGGAGGGGAAACCAGAUGGAGUGAACUGACAGGGAGCAGGACCUGGGGGAGAACAGUGAGUAAAGAGACUGAGACACCCGGAGGAAGGUCUGAGGAGGCGCUCCUGGCCCCUGCAGUGGCCUCGGUGUGGACUGAUGCAGAACUCAGCAGCACAAGUGGCCGCACCAGGCUCCAUUUGUACAUGGGAUGGUUUUUCAGUAACAUUUUCUUUCUGCUAAUGGGCUGCAUUUUCACACACUUUUUUUUUUUUUUUGCUCCAGGGGGCACCUCUCCUACAACACGCCCCUGCUCUGCACGACCCUCCUCUCUGCCCUCCACCAACCCAAAUCCUCCCCCAUCUCCAGCUCAAGUUCCACCCGACCAAGUCCCUCUCAGUCCCCCUGCACUCUUGCCACUUGGAGAGAUGACUGCACUCAUACCUCUGGGCUUUAUGAAAUGGAUGUCAUGUCCCUGGUUAGACUUGAGCCUCCUGAAGGCAGAGACCAUUUUUAUAUUUUCCAGAAAGAAGCCACAUCCGUGAUUUGCAUCAGAACAAGCUUAGGCCCAGCCUGAGCCUUCAACUUGGACACAGGCUCAGUCCUAGCAGUCCCUGGCCCCUGCAGUGCUUUAUAAACACUGCAGUAGCAAAGUCCACAAUCAACUCUGUGACAAGUCAACAGGCCGAGAUAAUUUGAAAACGUGGAGAAAAAAGAAUGGUCAAACAAAAGCAAAGGGCUUUGACUCAUGCCUUUCCUCUUUCCUCCUCUCAGGGAAACAAAGUCACACCCCCUGUUCUCACUCCUGCCUGGAGGUUUCCAGGGAGGGCUCCCUUGUUUGCCUUCCCUUCAGCCCCCAUGAAUAUCACCCAGCAUUCAAGCCCAGCCUCUCCUCUCCCUUUGCGCACAUUUCCUAAAGUCUCAAAUAAAUGUCAAGUUUAGAGAGUGCUGAUAUUCUAUGUCCCUAAUGUUUACUUCGAGUAUUAUUACCUUUCUUCUUUGACCUGGGGCCAUUUCCAAAGAAGUGCUGGAGCCAGGCGCCCCAGCAGCUGGGCAAACACACUUCAGGGCUCCUUCCCUUCUGUGGCUCCUGUUUCUCAAACCCUCUGGGACCUGCAGCUCUGGGGGUCUCUUCCCCCAACCCAGUUCCCUCUCCUUUAGACCAGAACAGCUAAGCCAUGGCCACCUUCCUGAUGGACACACAAGGAGGCCUGGUGUCACCCACUGCUCCAGGGCGGUGUUCUGGGCAGGGGAGCUGCCUCUUGUCCCAGAUCCUGCUCUGCUGCUACCUUAUGUGGCUACAGAAUUGAAGGGAACUGUGAACAGAGAGAGGACAGGGCAACUUCCCAGGCAACAACACUACUAUUGCUGAUAUUUUUAAAAGGAUGGGAGCAGGAGGGGAAAGAGACCUUGUCAAAGUCUCGCCUACCAACACUUAGCAGCCACUUUCCUGUCAAAUAUUCAGAUAGAGAGGGUCACUGAAAGGUAUAAGGAAAUCCAAGCAAGAAAAAAAGGUUUGAGGAAGAAAUCAUGAGGCACUGGGGUGUGAGGAGGCAGGAAAGAGUACAGGAGAGAACUGGCACGGCUGCCAAGUUAUCAGUCACCUUCUUAUGUUCUUAAGAAUGCUGCAUUUCUUUUGUUUGACCAGUUUCACCUCCCAGAUUCCCAUAAAGCACAUGGUCUAAUCUGUUACCUAAGAGCAAAACAGCGUCACCUCACCUGUUCUCGCCCUCAAAUGGGAACGCUGGCCUGGGACUAAAGCAUAGACCGCCAGGCUGAGUACCCUGACCUGAGUCAUCCCCAGAGAUCAGCAGCCUCCAACAGGGAACCUUCCAUUAUACUCUUCAAGCAACUUAACAGCUGUACCAACCGUUGCAAUGAAAGUUCUAAUCUCUUCCUUCCUCCUGUUGCUGCCAUUGAUGCUGAUGUCCAUGGUCUCUAGCAGCCUGAAUCCAGGGGUCGCCAGAGGCCAUAGGGACCAAGGACAGGCUUCUAGGAAGUGGCUCCAGGAAGGCAGCCAAGAAUGUGAGUGCAAAGAUUGGUUCCUGAGAGCCCCGAGAAGAAAAGUCAUGACAGUUUCUGGGCUGCCAAAGAAGCAGUGUCCCUGUGAUCAUUUCAAGGGCAAUGUGAAGAAAACAAGACACCAAAGGCACCACAGAAAGCCAAACAAGCAUUCCAGAGCCUGCCAGCAAUUUCUCAAACAAUGUCAGCUAAGAAGCUUUGUUCUGCCUUUGUAGGAGCUCUGAGCUCCCACUCUUCCUAUUAAAUAUUCUCAGUCAAGAAGACAGUGAGCAUACCUACCAGACACUCUUCUUCUCCCACCUCACUCUUCCACUGUACCCAUCCCUAAAUCAUUCCAGUGCUCUCAAAAAGCAUGUUUCUCAAGAUCAUUUUGGUUGUUGCUCUCUCUAGUACCUUCUCUUGUCAGUCUUAUCCCGUGCCCUCCCCUUACCCAGGCUUAGGCUUAAUUAUCUGAAAGAUUCCAGGAAACUGUAGCUUCCUAGCUGGUGUCAUUUAACCUAAAUACAAUCAGCAAAGUAGCAAACAGAAGUCAAUAAAUAUUUUUAAAUGUAACAGAUCAAAAUUGUUUCUUUCAAAUGGGGUCUGCCAAUUCACAUCCAAAUGACCCAUUUUACUCUAUUCACUGCAGACUGAAUGCAGAUUCUACACAUAAUUCUCCCCACCAAGACCCUCACUCUGUCUCCAUUGGCCUACUUGUUCAUCUUUCACUCAUUCAACAAAUCUUUCUGAGGUAAGAGCUAGGUGGGACAAAAAAAAAAAAAAAGUAUACCAAUGAACUGGACAUGGUCUUACUAAAGAUAAUAUAGGUUU